UUAUUUGACCGGGGCAUUCAUUGGGAAUAUUUGUUGUGGGGUUAGGUUGGAGUGCAAAGGAGGAUUCCGCAAAGGCAAGGCUUGUCGGAGAUAUCCGUGCAGCUGUGCCUCCGUGUGUCCCAGGGAACUAGAGGAGGAGACAGGUUUAUCCUGAGUUCCCAUCUUCAGAGGAUUCUCUGAGGAUCCGCAGCUUGCAGCUUGCGUGAGCCAAGGCUUGGCGCAGAAUGGCUAGAGAGCCGCAGGCGAGCGCAGCCCUAAUCGCUCCAUCGGCAGAAGAGGGGGGUGGGCUUCUGGUAGUGAACGUGGAACAGGAAGAGGUCUCCUCCUUGGCAGAGGAGGCCAGUUGGCUGAGCUUCCCUGCAUCCGACCGCUCCCGCCAGCGCUUCCGCGCUUUCCGCUACCCAGAGGCUGCUGGACCCCGGCAGGCGCUGAGCCGGCUCCGAGAGCUCUGCAGACAGUGGCUGCGGCCAGAUAUGCACAGCAAAGAGCAGAUUCUGGAGCUGCUGGUGCUGGAGCAGUUCCUGACCAUCCUGCCAGGGGAACUGCAGGCCUGGGUGCGCGAGCAGCACCCCGACAGCGGGGAGGAGGUGGUGGCGCUGUUGGAGUACUUGGAGAGGCAGCUGGACGAGACGCCUCCACAGGUCCCAAAUGGCGAAUGGAGUCGAGAACGUCUCUGCUGCACGGGGGCAUUGUUGAAGCCUUCCCAGAACUCACAAAGUAGCUACUCCCAGCCAAGGAAGAGUCCGCUCAAGCAUUCAUCUCAGGAAUCUUCAGACUGUUCACCCUUACAAGCAAGAGGUGUGGAAAUGAAGACUGAAACCACGGGCUUGCCUCCAGUUGAGGAGUACACAGAACAAAAGCCCGAGCAGCCAGUGAGCGUCCUGGCAGGAGACACUGUUCAGAUUCCUGCAGGUGCAGAAGCCAGUGAACAGGAAGGCAAGUUACAGGCAACACAGACGAACGCCGCAAAGAACAGGCGACACUAUUGCCAUGAAUGUGGGAAGAGUUUUGCUCAAAGUUCAGGCCUGACCAAACACAAGAGAAUCCACACUGGAGAGAAGCCCUAUGAGUGCGAAGACUGUGGGAAGACCUUCAUUGGGAGCUCCGCCCUUGUCAUUCAUCAGCGGGUUCACACUGGUGAGAAGCCAUAUGAGUGUGAAGAAUGUGGCAAGGUCUUCAGUCACAGCUCAAACCUCAUCAAGCACCAGCGAACCCACACCGGGGAAAAGCCCUACGAGUGUGAUAACUGUGGGAAGACCUUCACCCAGAGCUGCAGCCUCCUUGAGCAUCACAAAAUCCACACCGGGGAGAAGCCGUUCCAGUGCAACUUGUGUGGCAAAGCCUUUAGGCGUAGCUCACAUCUCCUGAGACACCAGAGGAUCCACGGGGAUAAAACUGCUCCCAAGUCUUUGCCUGGAGAGGUUUGGAGAGGUCAGAAUAAGGUGGAAAGCCAGCGGGAUGGUACUGAAACUCCCGUGAUUCACCAGUGCAAUGAGUGUGAGAGAAGCUUCAUUCAGAAUCGAAGUCUUAUCGAACAUAAAAAAAUCCACACUGGCGAGAAGCCCUACCAGUGUAACACAUGUGGAAAAGGCUUUACCCGAACUUCAUACCUUGUUCAACAUCAGAGAAGCCACGUGGGGAAAAAGUUGCAGCACAGUGACCUGUACCAUCCCUGCCAGAGUUGGUACUUGCUUGUCAGCGAGCUGAAGGCUCUCUGGAGCCCUUGCUGACUGCAGAAGGGAGGAUGUUGCCCAUACACACCAGCUAGUGUUAGAUGGUAUAAUCUGGCUGAGGUGAAUUAUCUUUUCUGUUCUAAAAGUAAUUAGAAUAAGACCUGCUAAUAAGGAGAUAUGGGAGCAUUCUCUGGAUGAGGGGGCACUGGAGUCUCUUGUUCCCAAUCUGUGGAUCUACAAGGUCUUCCAGAACAGUCGCCCUUAGCUAGCACAUUUUUUUCCUGGAUGGAUGGUUCCAGAUUUGGGGGGCAGACUCUUUGUACCAUUUGCUUGUCAACAUGACUCUUUGAUGUUUUGGUCAGAUUUCUGAGGUCCUAGCCCUCCUGUUGCGCCUUGUGUUAGUGAAUAUUUACUACAGGGACUGAUGAAAUGACCGUCAAAUCUCUGAAAAUCCAUGUCUAGAUUUCUGAAGAAACUCUCACAGGAUGUUUGUGUUUGCUAAGGUUCUAGACUCUGAAUCCGUCCUACAGUUUUCAUGCUAAGUACAUAAUGUUACAGAAUUUGGCUUGGUGAUGCCAUAUAUCUUCAUGGGGAUAAAGAGUAUAGUAAGAAUGCUACCAGUGUCUUCUGAAGGCACAGGGAGACUUCCCUGUCUGUAAAACUCCAUUAGUGCACACUCAUGAAACAUUUAGUUUUUCUCUCUUUACAGUGAAUGUUUUCAGGCAAAUAAAUAGCAAUCCUAUCUUCAUAGGGCAAACUAGUUAGAAUUUCCAUUGCUGUGAAAGACACCAUGACAAAAAGCAACCUCGGGUGGUGGCUGGAAGUUUAUUUCAACUUAGAAUCAUUUGUUACACUCCAUCACUGAAGGAAAUCAGGGCUGGCGCACUGAAGUAGAGGUCAUGGAAGAAUGCUGCCUGCUGGCUUGCUCCUAAUGGCAUUCUCGUCCUGAUGCAUUUUAGUACCCAGGACCACCAGCCCUGUGGUGGCACCACCCACAGUGAGCUGGGCCUCUGACAGCAAUCAUCAAUCAAGAAAAUACCCCCUAGGCUUGCACUACAGGCCAGACUGGUAGCAGCAUUUUAUAGGUUGAGGUGCCUUUUUCCCAAAUGACUAUUUUGUGUUGAGCUGACAUAAUACUAGCCAGCACUGUGAAUGAUGAUACAGUUGAUGUCCGUUCUGUACUGCUCAAUGUGUGUUACUUUUCUCAGGGCUGUGAAAAAAAAAACCUGAGAAAAACAAUUUAAGGAGGAAAUGGCUUGUUUGGGUUCAUGCUUUGAACGGAUACAAUAUGGUGAAGUAGGCAUGAUAGCAGAAACACGAGACAGCUGGUCGCACUCUGCCUGAAGACAGGAAGCAGAGGUCAAUACCGAUGUUCUGCUGUCUUCCACUUUCCCCUUUUGUUGCGGGAGGUCCUCCCACUCCUCCAGCCUAUCACCGCUGAGGUACCAGCCCACUGGGGCGUGGUUUCUCUCCCUUUAAAAAAGCGGCCACUUCCCUCUUCUCUCUCUCUUCA